CUUGUGCUUUUCACACCUUGGAUUCAUAGCUGGUAUUAAAGAUGAGCUACCGGAAUGAGCACGGUGGACGCGAGUGGGACCAGGGAAAGGACUGGGACCGGGAGGGGUACGACUCUGGACCCCGGGGGACCCGGAGGGCAAGAGAGGACGACUGGGGUUAUGAGGGUGAUGAUUGGAAACGGAGAAAGAUGAACGACGACGAUUAUGCAUAUGAGGACUAUUCUGGUCCUUCUGCGCACUCUGGGCCGCGACAAGGGCCACCGGAGUGGAGCGGCUAUCAAGGACAUGAUGGUAUGGGCCGUGGUGGUGGUGCCGGUUUUGGACCUCCAGGCCUCGGGGCGAACUUCAACACCCCUGCUGCUUAUGGUCGGGGAAGGGGAAGAGGCCCGAGCGAAGCGAGCGAGCAUGUCAUCUUUUUAGGCUUGGAUCCUGACUUCACAGAGGACGACUUGAAAUUUUUUUUGAUUGGACAAGGUCUACAGGUGGUCAAUACAACAAUUAUUCGGGACCGCAAUACCGGUCAAUCCCGGUCGUUUGGCUUCGCGCAAUUCAACACUGCCGCUGAAGCCUCACGUUUCCUCACUCCCAACUACCCGUUCGUUGGGCUUCCUCCACCCGCCUCUCACGCCUUCGGCGGGGUUGUCAAUGACACCCCUGGCCGGCGAGUCAAGAUCGACUUUUCGCAGAGCGCACAGCCCAAGUUCCGCGAGCAGGCACCCCCGAAUGACGGUAGCCGGGAUAUGGGCAGUCAGCAAACCGCUGUGCUCUUGCUCCGCGGGCUUGACCCUCUUACGAGUAUCGAUGAGAUCGAGCAGGCGCUCAGGAACGCCGCGGGUGAGGGGAAAGAGGGUGCGGAGGGUAUGAAACGUAUUGCACUUAUUCGGGAUCGCGGGACACGCAUGGGAUGGGGCUUCGCCUUUGUCGAAUUCAAAGAUGUUGCUUCUGCGGGAGCUGUGCUAGGCUACACUAUGAUGCCCCAGCUGCAUCCCAAUGGAUUUCGCAUCAGCGACAAGCCCAUCGCUGUCGCGUUUGCGCACACGAUGUCCUUCCAGCCCCUUCCACCAGGUACGCCCAAAGACGAAUACUGCAUCUCUUCAUCGCUCGCCAUGGGCGGACAGGAGGGGUGGUGGACCAAGUACUGGGACGAGGGCGCGGGUAUUGGAGAAAAGAAGUUUGAAGUCAAGGAGGACCCAAAGCAGUCGAAGGAAGACAAGGAAAAGAAGAAAAAGACGAAGUUGAAGGAAGUUGACGAGAGCUCGCUUCCUGCCCCGACUAAGUUGUCUAUGACUGAACAUGCACCGCUCAAGAUCAGUGCUAAGAAGCCCGGUGCGAGUAUCGCUAUCGUCCCCAAGAGCGGAGAUGCGAAAUCUGCUGCGCCAGCAGCAGUGAAGAUACCCGUCCUUGGUUUCGGGGGAGAAGAGGAGACGGCGCAGUUUGAGGAUGCCGAGGAUGAGGAGGACACUUCGGCCUUUGUCAAGGUCAACAAAGGUACCAAAUUUGCCCCUAUGGCCGGCAGUAAGAAGACAUUGGGCAACAUCAACAAGUGGAAUGCCAAGCAGGAAGAGCUGGCAACUGAUGCUGAACAGCCUGCACCUGCCCCCGCGCCAGCAAUGGCUCCCGUCAAACGCGCACCCGCCGCGGCUGUCAAAGCCACGUCAACACCCACCCGCAAUUCACCCGCGGCCGAGGCGGAUAAGUUCGAGUACGGUGACCCUGUCGCCUUCGCAUGCUUCCUCUGCUCGCGCAAGUUCACGAGCGUGGAUCAGCUGCGCCGGCAUGAUCAGGAAUCAGAUCUUCACAAGGCUCGCGACCAAGCCAACCUCAAGGAUGAGAAGCUCCGCGAAGUCGCCCAGAAGAAAGCCGACACUGCACGAGCAAAGCACCAAGAAGAUCAAGCACCGAAAUAUCGAGAUCGGGCUUCCGAGCGACGCGAGAUCUAUGGGCAACCCGAUGUCCCGCCUCCGGACGCGCUGAAUACCAGUACGUCGGGGAAGAAGCGCAGGGCUUCAUCGCCCUCCCCUCCGCCACCGCCGGUGGCCCUGGGCAAGGACGAGAACAACAUUGGGAACAAGCUGCUUAAGAAGAUGGGCUGGGCCGAAGGGACCGGUCUGGGUACGGAAGGCGAGGGCAUAGUGGACCCAAUUGAAACGGCGCUUUAUGCGUCUGGUGUUGGGCUGGGAGCUACAAAACCCCAGCCGGUGGGCAAGUAUGAACCUGGUAUCAGGGGAUAUGUUGCCAAAGCGAAGGAUUCGGCCAGGGAACGCUACAAUCAGUAGGGAGGGCUAUAUUCUUGCAUAAUACCUUGUGGAGACACCUCACACUUUGCAUAUGCUUCCC